AUCCCUCAAAUAACAUAUAUACUACAAAAUUUGGAAAGAGAUACAUAUCAUAUAUAUACUAGCAUAUUGAUCAAGCAUGAAAGGCGCUCACUUUCUUCUAACUCUGGCUGUCUUGGCUUUUGCAACUUCCAUUGCUUCUGCCUAUGACCCAAGCCCUCUCCAGGACUUCUGUGUGGCAGUAGAUGACCCCCAGAAAGCUUUGUUUGUGAAUGGGAAUUUUUGCCAGGAUCCAAAGCUUGCUAAGGCAGAAGAUUUUUUCUUUUCCGGGCUCAACGUUCCAAGAGACACUAACAACCCAGUUGGCUCUAAUGUGACCCAAUUGAACGUGGACAAGAUUCCAGGACUUAACACUCUUGGAAUAACAUUAGUUCGGAUUGACUAUGCACCAUAUGGCCAAAAUCCACCUCACACUCAUCCUCGUGGCUCUGAAAUCCUUGUUGUUGUGGAGGGAACUCUCUACGUGGGCUUUGUGACAUCGAACCAAGAUGGAAAUAGACUGUUUACUAAGGUUUUGAAAGAGGGAGACGUGUUUGUGUUCCCAAUAGGUAUGAUUCAUUUCCAAUUCAAUCCAGGACACGCUCCAGCAGUUGCCUUUGCUGGUCUUAGCAGCCAAAACGCAGGAACCAUUACCAUUGCAAACUCUGUGCUUGGAUCAAAUCCUUCUAUCGACCCUGAUGUACUUGCCAGGGCUUUCCGGGUUGAGAAGAAUGCAAUUGACCAGCUCCAAAAACAGUUCUGGUAUGACAACAACUAAACAGAGACUAAGGUCAAAAGAAGAAAAGCCAU